AUGUUCAGUCCCAGUCCGGAUUUCGAAGGGUCGCCAGGCCCGUUGCCGCCGCUGUGCAACGUGCCGCCAAUGGCCAUGCCCGUUAUAACCCCUUCGAGCAACGGACAGGCAUUUCAGAGCACUGUUUUCCAAAAGCCCGCCGAGCGGAUCGGGGUGCUGGGCACGGGCACUCGCGGCGUGGACUGGCUCCAGCGUAUUUUAAUGGCCCUGCAGUGCCCUGUCCAAGAAGAAAUCGAUUGGGCGGUCUCUGCGUUGCUCGAGCUUUCUUUCCGCAACGCUGACGCGUUCAAACAACCCGGCAGUGAACAGGCUUUACAACUGGUGCUGGCCACCAUUACAGAGCACUGGGAUACGGCUACUGCCGCCCAAACCGACCUCGAGGAACGCGAAAGUGGGUUGGUCAAACGGCAGUUCCUGAGUGAGGCGCUUCUCACGCUGAGAAACGCCUGCCUCGAUGCUAAAACGGCCCAGCUGCUGGCAGCAGAGCCGGCGACUCGCGAAGUGAUCACCCGCGGCAUGCUUCUUCCUAGAGAGCCGCUGUACAGCGAAAUCAGGGGCUACGCGGUGGAAAUCGCUGAACACGUCUGCUUCCAUUACAUGCCUGAAGGGCCAGAGUCUCCUUUGAUGGUUGCCCUGGUCAACCUGCUGGAUUCUCAAGACAGAUCGCUGGUUAUCUCAUCUCACCGUGCCCUUGGCCGCUUGUGUGUCUACGACGAGUCCAACUGUAUUGCCAGCUUGGCUAUUGACCACGUCCAUCGGCUCUUGCGCUAUCUUAUGGUCGAAGACGAAGAACUGGUAUCGGCCUGUCUCGACUUGCUGUACCAGUACACGGCCCGUAUCCAGCACGUUGAUGAUCUGGUCGGUGAAAAUAUCAAAGACGACGCAAUGUGGGUUCGCGAUAUUUUGAGUGCCCAUCUUGUUCGAUUGUUAACCUACAAGAUGGACCGCGAGCGGGUCGAAUACGUUCGCCUACCUCGCCGCACCAAGCGACCGGCUCCAGCUGAGCCGCCGUCUUUACCGCAAACAAUUCUCGAUGAACUGCUUGUUUUGAACGAACCUGAGCGUGCCACGAACUGGAUCAGGGCUAGCUACGAACCCGACCCGGAUGGAGAAGUGACACAAAUCUCGCUUUGGAAGGCAUACGAGGGCCAGUUUGAGGCCCAUGCGCGCCAAAGUGGCCGCAGGCUGCUCCCGGCGGUUGACUUUAUCAAAAACGUCACAAGUGCUUUCCGCAACGCCGCCGCUAUGGUGGUGAACGUUGGUCCCAAUCAGAAAAAAUUCAUCAUCAAGGGAAUCAGACCCCGAGAACAAGCCGUCUCCCCCUCCGUGUACCGUAAUAAUCCGGCUGCUCUCCCGGACCCUCGCCGCCGCAUCCCGCCGCCAUUUGGACCGACUGUCGCAUUGGUUCUGCAGAAUAUUGCCCGUCUUCACGGCGGUCGACAGCUGUUACAGCCAUAUAUUGCUGCUAUCGCCGACGCGGCCGUCGUAAACCCUUCGCUGUGGGGGUACGUCGACGCCCUGUUGAGUGUAAUUGAUAAACAAAAGUAG